AUGCCUCCUCCAACCACCAUCCUCGACCAAUUCUUGGCCAACCUCUCUGAGCUCAUUCAGAAACGCGAUGGCUCAAGGUUGCAGGAUUUCCUCCAAAUCGAACCCCCACUUUCAAACAUAUAUCAACAAAUGACUGAUGAGUUGCGCCAAAGAUACCGACCUGGGCCCAAGACCGACGCUGAGCUGCUGCGCCGAUGUGAGGCUUUGGUCCCACGGACAACGGAGGAAAGCUCUUCAUGGUCCGCAUUUCCGACUUUUAUGAAAUUGUACUUUACUUUCUUGCGGGAUGUCAACGUGGAUAAUCUUCUGGAAACUUACAACCUUCUCCGAGCCCUGCUGAACCAAUGCGUUCUAGCCCUCGGAGACAGCCAACAUGGAGUUAUCGUCCUUCCAACUGUCCUUUAUCUGUCGAAAGUUUUAGCGAAAUUGGCCAUGGGACUGGACCGCCAACCGGACCUCAUCGCCCAUAUACUACGCAUGGAAGGUGGUACAAACCAGGAAGACAAUGUUGAGAAAGUGACGUUGGUCGAGCAAUCUGCAAACGUAGUGCGAGAGGCUUUCAUCAAAUGCUUGACGGAUCGCAGCGGCACCCCGGGGCCCAAUGGGAAGCCCGAAGGCAAAAGAGUUGGCAUCUACUUGUUAGCAAACUUAUGCUUAAAGCUUCUUUUUAAGUGUGGGAAGCUGCGCAACGCCGAGCAAAUGUUUUCUAGCAUCAGCGCACAAUCUCCCCCAUUACAACACUUUCCAGCAUCUCAGCGCGUCACAUACCUUUACUAUCUAGGCCUUUAUCUUUUCUCAAGUACCUUCUUUCAUCCUGCUCGAAUCGCUCUGCAGGCAGCAUAUGACCAAUGUCACCGACAAGCUCUCAGUCAACGAAAUUUGAUUCUGACAUACCUGAUCCCAUGCAACAUCAUCAUGGGCCGGUUCCCGUCCAAAGCCCUUCUUCAGCGACCGGAAGCACGUGGACUGGCAGAGCAAUUCACACCGCUAUGUCAAUUGAUUGUACGUGGUGAUUAUCUGGAAUUCCGACAAUACCUUUCCUUCGAUUCCCCUACUGGGCAAUGGUUUGCUCGCAAGGGAGUCUUACUCGCUCUCCGGAAUCGGUGUGAGAUCUUGGUGUGGCGGUCAUUCUGUCGCAAAGUAUUCGUCCAUGGGGGGAAUUAUGUACAACCGCAAGCGCAGGCGCAGCGUAGUACUCCCCCUUUCCUGUACCUGCAGAAGUUGUUGAUCGCUACUAAAUGGCUUCAAUCACGACACCAUCGCGCACAUGAACCGACUUCGAAACAGUCAUCAUAUGGUUCACAGACCAUCUUGCUGCCAAUGGACCCAGAUUAUUUGGAACUUGAGAAACAGGAGACCAACGUUGCCAAUGGGGACUCUGACCUAAUGCAAAAAUAUGGAGACUAUCUAGCACCGACAGGUUACUUUGACGAAGGAGGCUACUUGAAAGAGAACUCCCUUGGUCAAUUGAUCGACGGCACACCCGACUCCAACUAUGACCAGUACGAACUGAAUCCAUACGCUGACGAUCAGAUAUCCCAACCGAGUUCGCCUCUACUCAUGGUGGAGCUCGAAUCCAUACUUGCUUCACUCCUUACUCAGGGGUUGAUGCACGGUUAUUUGACACAUGCAAACCCUCGCUUUGCGAUCCCCGGGGCCAAGGCUCGAGGAGCCUUGCCCACCGGGUUUCCUAAUGUAUGGGAAAUUAUUUACAAACGGGAAAGGGCAGACAGCAACGUUCCGGGAUGGGUGAAGCCGCCACCGGUGUCUAGUAGAUUCGGUGCGCCAGCACUAGGGGGAGCAGGCCGAGUUGUCAAUUUAUCCGCUGCACGUCCUGUUGGCGUGCAGUAA